AUGGCUGCCAGAGUGUUGGAAUCCAUCGGCAAGGUUGGCCUGGCCGCAGCCCUCGCGGGAGGCGUGGUGAACUCGGCCCUGUACAAUGUGGACGCGGGGCACAGAGCGGUCAUCUUUGACCGGUUCCGCGGCGUGCAGGACACGGCGGUGGGGGAAGGGACCCACUUCCUCAUCCCCUGGGUGCAGAAACCCAUCAUCUUCGACUGCCGCUCCCGACCCUGGAACGUGCCGGUCACCACGGGCAGCAAAGACCUGCAGAAUGUGCACAUCACGCUGCGCAUCCUCUUCCGCCCGGCGGCCGGCCAGCUGCCCCGCAUCUUCACCAGCCUGGGCGAGGGCUACGACGAGCGCGUGCUGCCGUCCGUCACCGCCGAGGUCCUCAAGGCGGCCGUGGCUCGCUUCGACGCCGAAGAGCUCAUCACCCAGAGGGAGCUGGUCUCCAGGCAGGUGAGCGAGGACCUCGCGGAGCGAGCCGGCGCCUUCGGGCUCAUCCUGGACGACGUGUCCCUGACGCAUCUCACCUUCGGGAAGGAGUUCACAGAAGCCAUAGAAGCCAAGCAGGUGGCCCAGCAGGAGGCCGAGAUGGCCAGGUUUGUGGUGGAAAAGGCCGAGCAGCAGAAGAAGGCAGCCGUCAUCUCUGCCGAGGGCGACGCCAAGGCCGCAGAGCUGAUCGCCAACUCGCUUGCCGCUGUGGGCGACGGCCUGAUCGAGCUGCGCAAGCUGGAAGCCGCGGAGGACAUCGCCUACCAGCUCUCCGGCUCCCGGACCGUCACCUACCUCCCGCUCCCGCUCCCGCUCCGGCUCCCGGGACGUCUCCUGCCUGCGCGCCCCGGAGUCGGAGUCGGCGCUCCUCCGGCUUCCCCAGCGAGGCCUGCCAAGCCCGCACCUGCUGGGCCCAGGCCACAGCCCGCACCUGCUGCUGAAGUCGGUGCUCCUCCGGCUUGCCCAGCGAGGCCUGCCCAGCCUGCACCUGCUGGGCCCACGCCACCGCCCUGA